UGCGGAUGGGUCCCUCUUCCUCCCCCAUCCCCUCCCCCUCCCCUAGUCCCACCGACCCCAAGCGCUGCUUCUUCGGGGCGAGCCCAGGACGCCUGCACAUCUCCGACUUCAGCUUCCUCAUGGUUCUAGGAAAAGGCAGUUUUGGGAAGGUGAUGCUGGCCGAGCGCAGAGGCUCCGAUGAGCUCUAUGCCAUCAAAAUCCUGAAAAAGGACGUGAUAGUUCAGGAUGACGACGUAGACUGCACCCUGGUGGAGAAACGCGUGCUGGCACUGGGGGGCCGAGGUCCUGGCGGCCGGCCCCACUUUCUCACCCAGCUUCACUCCACCUUUCAGACCCCGGAUCGCCUGUAUUUCGUGAUGGAGUACGUCACCGGGGGCGACUUGAUGUACCACAUUCAGCAGUUGGGCAAGUUUAAGGAGCCCCAUGCUGCGUUCUACGCGGCAGAAAUCGCCAUUGGCCUCUUCUUCCUUCAUAAUCAAGGCAUUAUCUACAGGGACCUGAAACUGGACAAUGUGAUGUUGGAUGCUGAAGGACACAUCAAGAUCACUGACUUUGGCAUGUGUAAGGAGAACAUCUUCCCUGGGACGACGACCCGCACCUUCUGCGGGACCCCGGACUACAUAGCCCCCGAGAUCAUUGCAUACCAGCCGUAUGGGAAGUCUGUCGAUUGGUGGUCCUUUGGGGUUCUUCUAUAUGAGAUGUUGGCGGGACAGCCUCCCUUUGAUGGGGAGGAUGAGGAGGAGCUGUUUCAGGCCAUCAUGGAACAAACUGUCACCUACCCCAAGUCGCUUUCUCGGGAAGCCGUGGCCAUCUGCAAGGGGUUUCUGACUAAGCACCCGGGGAAACGUCUGGGCUCAGGGCCAGAUGGAGAACCCACCAUCCGUGCACAUGGCUUUUUCCGCUGGAUCGACUGGGAACGGCUGGAACGGUUGGAGAUCACUCCUCCGUUCAGACCCCGUCCGUGUGGCCGCAGCGGCGAGAACUUUGACAAGUUCUUCACGCGGGCGGCGCCAGCACUGACCCCGCCAGACCGCCUAGUACUGGCCAGCAUCGACCAGGCCGAUUUCCAGGGCUUCACCUACAUUAACCCCGAUUUCGUGCACCCGGACACCCGCAGCCCCACCAGCCCAGUGCCUGUGCCAGUCAUGUAAUCUCACCUGCCGCCACUAGGUGUCCCCACUUCCCCCUCCGCUACGCCAGCCGUAGCCCUCACUUUACCACCCCGUUCCCAAUACUAGAUCCUGCACCCCAGCGUCCUGGUCUCUGCCCCCACGGGUUCUAGAUGCCCCUCCCAAACGUUCCUGGCAUUCUAAACUCCAUACAGUCUCUAGAGCCUUCCCGCGUUCUAGAUUCUGCUGUACUGAGCUCUAUAUUCUCCCCACCUGAGCAUUCUGGACUCUGCUCAGAACCAGUUCCAGAACCACCACCACCAUCCCAACUUCGUGGUGUUCUAGACUCCAUCUCGAUAGUUCUAUGCCUCUCCUCUCCGUCCACCCCCCCCCGGAAGUAGUCUCAUGGGGUUGGCUGUUCCAGACUCAGAUUCCAGAACAACACCCAACCUCCAGGCCCUUCCCACCUCCACUCCAGUUCUAGAGUAAGUGGGAGGCUGUGCCCCCUUGCUCCGGUACUUCCCUCUUCUAUGCUCUGGGGAUUCCUAGGAUGUAUGGAGGAUUCUUACCCCAACUGUUCUCAAUCAGCAUUUGUUCUAGACUCCCCCAUCCCAAACUUAUCACUGCUCACCUGCCCUGCCCCCAACCCGUGCAUGGCUCCAGUCUUGCUCGGAACCACCCCCUUCCCUCCCCAGUGCCUGCCACUUUCUGGGACUCUCCCUCUCCCUCCUCACCCGGCCACACCUGCUGGAGAAUAAAUUUGGGUUGCUGAUGCUGAA